GUGAAAAAAACUUCAACUUGGUAAAUUAUUGCCUACUUACAUUAUUCCGGACUGUUUAUUUGUCGCCUUCGGUGGAAAUAAGAGAAAUACUUAGAAAAUGUCCUCACGCUACGACCGUGCUGUGACUGUGUUCUCCCCAGAUGGUCAUUUGUUGCAGGUGGAGUACGCCCAGGAGGCUGUACGGAAAGGAUCAACAGCGGUUGGAGUCCGUGGAAAGGAUGUUGUGGUGCUGGGGGUAGAAAAGAAAUCCGUGGCAAAACUACAGGAGGAGCGCACUGUGAGAAAGAUAUGCCUAUUGGAUAGUCAUGUAGUAAUGGCAUUUGCGGGACUCACAGCUGAUGCUAGGAUUCUCAUCAAUCGUGCUCAGGUAGAGUGUCAGAGCCACAAGCUGAAUGUGGAGGAUCCAGUGACGCUGGAAUACAUUACUCGGUACAUUGCGGGCUUGAAGCAAAAGUACACACAGAGCAAUGGGCGGCGUCCUUUUGGUAUCUCUUGCUUGAUUGGGGGAUUUGACUACGAUGGUGUACCCCACCUGUAUCAGACGGAACCGUCGGGUAUUUAUUACGAAUGGAAGGCUAAUGCAACUGGAAGAGCUGCUAAGACAGUUCGGGAGUUUCUGGAGAAGUACUACAAAGAUGAGGAAGUUGAGACAGAGGCUGGAGCUGUAAAAUUGGCCAUAAAGGCACUCCUCGAAGUAGUGCAAUCUGGUCAGAAGACUCUUGAAAUAGCGGUGAUGCGUCGAAAUGAGCCCCUACAGAUGUUGGACGUAGCUACAAUCGAAAAGUACGUCACGGCAAUUGAGAAGGAGAAGGAAGAGGAAGCAGAGAAGAAAAAGCAGAAAAAGUAGCUGCAGUAACUCUUUUCUACAAUAAUGGAUAUAAUUUUUGCAUUAAUUUUGAUUUCAAACAAUAAAAUUAAAACACAGAAA